GGCUGCUUCCUGCUGGAAUGAUCCGAGAGAGAGGGGCUUUCAAGGUACCCACCUGUGGAUGUGCGCCGUCAAGAUGCCUCAUCUGAUCAAAGCCCUCGUUUUCCUGCUGUGUCUGCUCGUUACCGGGGAGUGCCGUAAGCUAAGGGUGCGCAGAUGGACCGGCACCGUGGAGACCCAGAAGCAUGGCGCCUCCUUGGCAAAGAAGCCUCCGGAUGUGACCAAGGCUCGCAAGACAAAGACAGAGCAACUGCUCAAAGUGGACGACCAUGACUUCACCAUGAGGCCGGCGUUUGGAGGACCUGCCAUCCCUGUGGGAGUGGACGUUCAGGUGGAGAGCUUAGACAGCAUCUCUGAGGUUGAUAUGGACUUCACGAUGACCCUGUACCUCAGGCAUUACUGGAAAGACGAGCGCCUGUCGUUCACCAGCAGCACCAAUAAGAGCAUGACGUUCGAUGGCCGUCUGGUGAAGAAGAUCUGGGUCCCUGAUGUCUUCUUCGUCCACUCCAAGAGGUCCUUUAUCCACGACACCACCACGGAGAACAUCAUGCUGCGGGUCUUUCCUGACGGACAUGUCCUCUACAGCUUGAGAGUGACAGUGACAGCAGCUUGUAACAUGGACUUCAGCCGCUUCCCUCUGGACUCUCAGACCUGCUCCCUGGAGCUGGAGAGCUAUGCCUACACAGAUGAAGAUCUGAUGCUGUACUGGAAGAGCGGGGACGAGUCUCUGAGCACCGACGACAGGAUCUCUCUGUCUCAGUUCCUCAUCCAGAAGUUCCACACCACGUCUCGCCUGGCCUUCUACAGCAGCACGGGCUGGUACAAUCGCCUGUACAUCAACUUCACGCUGCGCCGCUACAUCUUCUUCUUCCUGCUGCAGACGUAUUUCCCCGCCACGCUCAUGGUGAUGCUCUCAUGGGUGUCCUUCUGGAUCGACCGCCGCGCCGUGCCGGCCAGAGUCUCCCUGGGCAUCACCACGGUGCUGACCAUGUCCACCAUCAUCACUGGAGUGAAUGCGUCCAUGCCCCGGGUGUCCUACAUCAAGGCGGUGGACAUCUACCUGUGGGUCAGCUUCGUCUUUGUCUUCCUGUCUGUGUUGGAAUACGCCGUCGUCAACUACCUGUCCACCGUCCAGGACCGGAGAGAGCGCAAGAUGAGAAUGAGAGCACGAUCUCAGUCACUCCCCUGCACCUGUGGGAUCUCCGGGACGCGGACCAUGACCAUGCUGGACGGUACCUACAGCGAGGCGGACACCAACAGCCUGGCCGGCUACACUGAGGAGCCCAUGGUGCCGGAGGAGGAGCAGGAAGAGCUGCACGAGGUUCCCGAGAAACCCGAACACAUGGUGGUGCAUCUCUCAGUGAGCAGCGAGUCCACCACCACCAAGAAGAAGAAGAGCCUGCGGAAGCUUAACAUCAUCCAGAACACGCACGCCAUUGACAAAUACUCACGGAUGAUUUUCCCUGGGUCAUACAUCUUCUUCAACCUUAUCUAUUGGUCUGUGUACUGCUGAGAGAAACUCAGAGUCUGGACAUAGGGCAGGAGGAAGAACUCAGACAGUAAAAGCUGCUCAGAAUGGGAUUAUUGGGGAGUGUUGUGUGUCUGAAGUGCACGUUCUGCAAAGAUUCAUCAUGGACACUUUGGGAUUCAUUGAACACUCUUGAUAUGUUUUCUCAUGCAGCAAUUGAAUGUUCACUAUAUAACUUAAAACAAAGAAAAAUGAUCAUUUCAAUGACGUUUUUACACUACUUAGCUAAUUAUUUUCAAGCUUCAUGAACUUUCGACUGCUGUUUAAAAGCUCUUCGUCCUCAUUUCUUCUGUUCAUGAGAUGAUGCCAACUUUGUAUUUGACUCCUAACAUGGAGAGAUAAGAUGAUGUGAUUUUGUAAGCUACUUAGUUGAUGGAUCUGUGAAUUAAUAUGUAUUUGUAAUGAUUGCCAAGGCGGGAAUCACCAUGAUCAAA